ACAUGGUUUUGAAUGGCAAGGAAGGCCGAUGGUUCUGUUCGCGAAUGGCUUUCGCCUAUCGUUGCAAUUCCUCGUUACUCAAUUGGCUUUUUGUUUGUUGCAGACGAGUGUGGACCCCUACGAGAGGUUUUAGUUGGAGGGCGAUUGUUGUGGACUGUGCGAAGUUUCUUCAGAGAACAAUUUGACGGGUUGAAUUGAAAGGCCAUGGGUGUCUAACUGCAGACGUUACAAAGGCUCCUUUCGGCCGGUGCGCUACCCUUUUGAUGUUUCGAUUACGUGUUUCUUCGAAGCGGAACGCACUCAGCAGUGAUGGUCUACACAAAUCCACCUGUGCCUCGGAUUCCGCUCCGAUUUGAGGAGACGAGAGUGCCGGUAUGGAAGAUGAACUACUACUACCAGUAUGUGCCUUUGAUACUGCCAUGGCUGCUGCCUUCAGCCAUGUUCUCCAUUGUGGUGGCAGCAGUUCAUGCUUGGAAGACGGAUUCCCUGCAAUUUGCUUUCCUGUUUGUCGUUUUGCCACUUGCUAUUUGGAUCGUCAUUCUCAAGAGCUGCGCAAAGCAGCUGCAUGAUCCUGUAUUUGCCCCGUCAUUUGUUACAGCCGUGGUUAUCACAGACAUUGUCACCUUUAUCGUAGUUCUUCGUCCUGCCAUUAAUGCAGGGUUGGAGGUGGCAUUUGCUUUUGGAGCUAUCACCUUGCUGGUUUUGUAUUGGAGGGUCAUCCACAGCGACCCAGGUAGAGUCGCAUUUUCUGUAGAAUCAAGUGCAUGCAUUGGUGAGCAAGACAGAACAAUUAAUCCUCAACCUGAAGAAAUUCCUCCCUUAGAAGGAUGGAAUGAAGACAACCUUGAGGGGGAACCGCUUAAAGCAACGGACCUUGAAACUGGAGAAUCUCACCAAGCGCUGGAAAAUUCAGUAACUAAUGAAGUGACCGAAGGUGGCGUACACGCCCCAGAAGCACAUUCGCUCAAGCCAUUGCAGCCAGCACGUUCAAGAUAUUGUCGGAAGUGCAAUGCAUUGAUUGACCAUUUUGAUCAUCACUGCCCUGCUAUAAAGAAUUGUGUUGGUCGCAAGAAUCAUGUUCUUUUUUUGGGCGCUCUCACAGCUUUCAUCGUAGCGGAGGUGCUGUACGUCCGAUGCUGCUUCAAAUGUGUGCUCUCCGAUUUUGAGUAUCUUAACCUCCUAGCCGUUGCGAAAGAUGUGCCAUCGUCAACUCCUAUUGGGCUUCGAGGGCUGGAGCAUGUAUGGCUCAUUUCCUGUCAGGUGAUGAGCACAGUGCCGUGGGUAACCAUCUCAGCUGUUUUCGCUGCAUUCCAAGCCUUUUGGCAGGUGCUCCUGCUGUUGUUUCACGUCUACUGUGCUUCAGUUAAUCUCACAACAAGUGAAUGGAUCAAGUGGGAGAGAUAUCCAUACCUGUACAUCGAGCUACCCGUUAGUCCUGAUCGACCAUAUAGAAGCAAGAAGUUUGUGAAUCCGUACGAUCAAGGAGUUUUCAACAACCUCAAGCAGUUCUUUCGAUCACGAGUCUAGUGACAGUUAUAGUGAUUGGUUAGGUGUUUCCUUGAUGUAAUUGUUCAAUUGGGCAGUUUUCACAUGUAAUAUUUUACAAGUAGGAAGGAUAAAUUGACUUGGGCAAUUAGUCUCCCUUUUACUAUUUAAGAUGAUACGUCUCUUCAACCAAUUGCUUGCUAUCACCGCAAAUAGCCACUCAUUGUGUAGCUACAAGCUGCUACAAGAAAACAAAUCAGAAUAAUUGUUGCUUC